AUGACGCUGCUGCUGGGGCCGCCAGGCAGCGGCAAGUCAACGCUGCUGAGGACCCUGGCAGGGAGGGCGGAGAGGGAGCUGCGCGUGCAGGGCGAGGUCACGUACAACGGCCGCCCGGGCAGCCACUUUGUGCUGCCGCGCUCCGUGGCGUUUGUGCCUCAGACGGACUCCCACAUCGGCGAGAUGAAUGUGAGGGAGACACUCGAGUUCUCCGCUCGUCUGCAGGGGCCCGGCUACAUGGCAGACGUGGCAACAGCCGCAUGGCCACGGGCAGGUGGUCCGAGCUCAGUCCCGUGGUGCAUCCCUUCCGCCAUGGCAGCUACUGUUCAUUCAUUCACUCCAACUCCGAAUUAUUUUCCAACAGUUUGCUUUUGGGCACUUGAAAAUAGCACACGUGCCUCUCUUCCUCCCUCCCUCCCUCCCUCCCUCCCUCCCUCCCUCCCUCCCUCCCUCCCUCCCUUCUUCGCCGUCCUUUCUCCCCUCCCUCCUUCCCCUAAUCCCUCCGCCGUCCCAUUCUCCCGCCUAAUUCGGCGCCCUCGUCAUUCGGCGCCCUCGUCAUUCGGCGCCCUCGUCAUUCGGCACCCCACCCACGCAGACCUAUGUCGGCAGCUGGAGGAGAAGGAGCGGGAGAUGGGAAUCAAGCCCGACCAUGUCAUGCGAACCGUUGUCAAGGCGAUGGGCGAUGAGGGGCGGUGGGCAGAUGUGGUGGUGCCGUACGUCCUCAAGAUGCUCGGGCUGGACGUGUGUGCUGAUACCAUGGUAGGGGACAGCAUGCGGAGAGGGAUCUCAGGAGGCGAGAAGAAGCGAUUGACCAUCGCCGAAGCACUGCUGGGUGCAAAGCAGCUCCUCCUAUUGGACGAGAUUCCCAACUGCCUCGAUUCCGCCACUGCCCACCGGAUCAUACGGUCCCUGCGCAGCCUCACGCACGUAACUAAUACCACCACCCUCAUCUCCCUGCUGCAACCGGCACCGGAAACCUUUGAGCUGUUUGAUGACGUCAUGCUGAUGUCAGAGGGGCGGAUUGUGUACCAUGGGCCCAGGGAAGAGGUGUUGGGAUUCUUCCAGGAAAUGGGGUUUGUGCCGCCCGCCCGCAAAGGAGUGGCUGACUUCCUGCAAGAGGUCACCUCGCUAAAAGACCAGGAUCAGUACUGGCACCCAUCCCAGCCCCACCCGUACCGCUACGUGUCUGUCCAAGCCUUCCAGGAGGCCUUCCGAGCCUCCUGGUUCGGCAAGCAGAUGAAAGCAGAGCUCUCCAUUCCAUUCAAGAAGGAUCGGAUCACGGUCAAGGGAGAGGAUGAGGCAAAAGAGUUGAAAGACAUGGAGGAGGGUCAGGGGAAAGACGUUGACAAUGGGGGAGAGGAAGGGAACAGAGGCAAAGAGGAGGAAGGUGCGUCACGUGCACUGGCACAGCGGCGGUUUGUGCUUCCUCCUCUUGCGGCGCUCACCAUCCUGGCGGGCCGUGAGUGGCUGCUGAUGAGGCAGAACCUGCUGCUCUACAUCGUGCAGACCGUGCAGAUCCUCCCCCUCGCUAUAGUCACAAUGACAGUCUUCUGGCGCUCGCAGUUCACCAUCACGCCUCUCGACGGCAACUACUAUCUCGGAGCGAUGUUCUUCGGCAUAAUCACGAUGCUGUUCGGCGGCUUCAUCGAGAUCACGCUGCUCACGGCGCGCCUGCCCAUCUUCUUCCUCCAAUGGGACAACCUGCCUGCUCUUCCCCGCGUGGGCGUGGGCGGUGCCCAUGGCGCUGCUCUCUCAGCCCGUCUCCCUCUGGUCCGCUGGGGUGUGGACCCCCAUCACGUCACCUACUAUGGCAUCGGCUUCGCUCCCGAAUUCUCCCACUUCAUCACCCAGCUAAUGCUGUACUUCCUCACCCACGCGGCCACGUCAGCGCUGUACCGAGCCAUGGGAGUCAUCUUCCGCAGCACUGUGCUCGUCAACACACUCAACAACUUCAUCCUCACGCUCCUCUUCCUGCUCUCCGGCUUCAUCAUCACCCAACGUACGUGCUCUGCUUGUGAGCGCUCUUGGGGUAGGGUAGCGGACAUCCAUGGCGUGUGGGUGUGGGUGUACUGGCUGUCACCCCUCACUUACAUGCUCAACGCUUUCUCCACGAAUGAGUUUCUCGCCCCCAGAUGGGAUGUGCCCUCUGUGCCGCCAUCACUGAACGUGACAAUGGGAGUGCAGGUUCUCGAGGCGCGCAGCCUCUGGACCCACUGCCACUGGCUGUGGGCCGCUGCUGCUAUUGGUGUCUUCUUCACUCUCUUCUGCAACGCGGUUACCAUCCUCGCACUUAAAUAUCUCAACCGUAAGUGCCGCACUUACAUAUCUCAAUGUGUGCUUACUGCCUCCCUUCAUAUUGCCUCCCCUUCCUUCUUCUUGCCUUUCCUCCCUUCCCCCUCCUUGCUUGCCUCCCCUCUCUUCCUGUUGCCUCCCCUCUUUUCCUUGUUGCCUCCCCUCCCUUCAAUAUGCCUCCCCUGCCUUCAAUAUGCAUCCCCUCCCUUCCUUUUGCAUCCCCUCCCUUCCUUUUGCAUCCCCUCCCUUCCUUUUGCAUCCCCUCCCUUCCUUUUGCAUCCCCUCCCUUCCUUUUGUAUCCCCUCCCUUCCUUUUGCAUCCCCUCCCUUCCUUUUGCCUCCCCUCCCUUCCUCUUACCUCCCCUCCCUUCCUCUUGCCUCCCCUCCCUUCCUCUUGCCACCCCUCCAUUCCUCAUGGCCUCUCCUCUUCCCUCGCCCUCAUCCUCCGCAUCCGCUCACCCGCCCUACCCACCUCCCUGCCAGCAGCCUUGCCCAAGGAGCAGCCACAGAUCUCCCCAACACACCCCACUCCUUUCCUCUGCCUUCGCCUCGCCAUAUCCAACCCCACCGCUUCCUCCUUGCUUCCUUCCUCUUCCACCUUGGAUCAAGGCGCAGCCAGUGA